CUUCUGACCUGUCCCAAGCAAAAGUACAUUUAUUAUGAGACAAGCUGCAGGGCCUUAGUGCUCUGGGUAGUUCCUUUGCUUUUUUUUGCUGUCUCUUUCUGAUUUUCAGCUCUUUUUGGAGCUAUAUGCCUAGUACUUUCUAGGAUUCCAAAUCAGAUCUUCAGAUGGACUGUGAUACUUUGCUUUGAGUAAGCUGUGAGCCAUUGACCUUAGUAUUAGCACUUUUUGUCCUGGGGAACGUUUGCAGAACACAAGACUCUGAAGCAAAGUAAGGAAGCUCCAGGCAGCAUAAAAGAGGAAGGAACUGAGUUAUCAAACACAGAUAACGAAACCCCCAACUGAAGACCUUGAAUGAGCUGUUGCUGGCACUGAUCAAUUAGUAACAUAUUCUAUCAUCGUCAUGACAGAGAACUCUGCUGAAGGGCGUAACACCACAACUACCACUACAGUUUUGGAUGGUAAGAAUGGAUCUGUCCAUAAAUCAUCAGCAAAGUUGACAAAAUCUGUCUCAGAGGACCUGAAGACCACAUUCCGUUCCCCAGUAGCAUGGCUUCUAGUCGCUGCACUGGUUGUCACUUGGACAGCUGUGGCUAUAGUAAUGUUUGACUUGGUGGACUACAAGUCCUUAGCAGGAGGUUCUCUAAACAAAUUCAGGAAUGAGCCAGUCAAAGUUAUACAUGAAGUUGUUGACGACACCACUGAUUGGCUGUACGCCAUAUUUUCUACUAUGUCUGACAUCAUAGCCCUCGAUGAUGAUCAAAAAGGACAUGUGCAGCCGCCAGUAAAAAAAAUAGUUGGGAUACAGCCACAUGUACACACAAAAGCCUUCCAAAAAGACAAAGAAGAAAAACAUGAACACCUUGAUGUAAAAGUUACUACAAAAGUAUUUCACAAAGAAAAACCAGUGAAAGAAGAAAAAAUUGAAAAAAUUACACACAAAAUCAUUCACAAAGAAAAACCAGAAGCAAAAGAAAAACCUGAAAAGAAACUUCCUGCUAAAGUUGUUAAAAAAGAAAAGCCAGAGACGCAUGAAAAGCCUGGUAAAAAAGCACCAUCUAAAGUAAGUGAGAAACAGAAACCUGAACCAAAAACAAAGUCUGAAAAGAAGGUACCUGCUAAAGUAACUGCAAAAGAAAAAACUGAGAAAAAAGAAAAGGCAGAAAAGAAAGAAACACCAAAAGCUGAGAAGAAAAUUAAGAUCUCGCAAGUAGAAGAAAAACCUAAGAAAGAAGUGAAAGCGAAAACAUCAGAGGCAAAGUCAACAAAAGACAUAAAAAAGGAAAGUAAAGUAGCAGAAGAAAAGAAAAUAAAGCUCAAGACCAAAGAGACAACACCAGAGAAACCUGAGGAAAAGCAAGAUCAAUAUCAGUUCUGCCGCUAUGUGGUUGACAUGUAUGCCCUUGGAAAUUAUUCUACAGUUCAAAAAGAAGCAGAAACCUCCCGAGCUCCUCCCAGAAAAGCAGCUGCAACUCCAUCACCUUCAAUAAAAGCAGAAGAACUAAAGAAAAAGCCGUCAGAGAAAAAGAAGGAUGCUCUUGCUCCAAAGAAAGCAGCAGCUGCAGAAGAACGUAAGGAAACUGUAACAGAGAAGAAGAAAGAGGUUUCUGAACCAAAAAAAGCAGAACCAAAAAAAGAAAUAUCAUCAUCUGAAGUUACAAUGAAGUCAGAAAAGGUACAAAUCCCAGCAAUCAAGGAAGAAAAAAAACUUGUAAAAGCUCAUGAACCCAAAGAAGAAACAGCAAAAACAGCUCAAGCUAAAGCAAAAACUGAAGAAAAGAAAGAAGACAAACCUUCUAAGUCCAUUAAAGAAAAAAAAAUACAAACAGAAAAAGUAGAGAAAGCUGCAUCUGCUGUUUUGGCAAAGACUGUAAAAGAAAAAGUCCCAGAAGCUGAUAUGUCAAAAGCAAAGCCAUCUACUGUAGCACAGAAGCACAAAAAAGAAACUGAUAUACCCAGAGUCAAGCCCUCAGCUGUUUCAAUAAAAGAAGCAAAACCUCAAAAAUUAGGAAAGACAAAAGCUGAAAAAGACAGAGAUGAAUCUGUGAGCUUGCAAAAGAAAGAUGGAAUGUCAAAGAAAGGAGAAAAAGUCCUAAAAGCAACAAAGCAAGAGCUAGAAAAAACAAAAGAUUCUAAACCAGCAUCGGCUAUAAAAGAAAAAGAGAGCACCAAGCAAAAGGAAAAACCUGCAGCUUCCAAAAGUAAGGAGCCAGAAACAGCACACAAAUUAUCAGCAGCUGAUGCAGCAACCCAAAGGAAGCUUCCUGCAUCUAAAAAGGAUAUUCCAAAACCAGAAAAAGAUGUAACACCCAAAAAAUCAGGGUCACCUGUGAAGAAACCUGAAAAAGAACCACCAACACCGAAACAUGCAUCUAUGACAAAACAUUACAAAGAACCAGCAAAACCCAAGAAAGAAACACCAGUGAAAAAACAUGAAAAAGAACAAAUCAAACCAGCAAAAGAAACACCAGCAAAGAAACCUGAACAAGAAUUAGCAGAACAGACAAAAGAGACAUUGAAGAAAAAACACGAGAAAAAAACAACACAACCAUCAAAAGAGACACUGGUGAAAAAACAUGAGAAAGAACGAGCACAACCAACAAAAGAGACACCUGUGAAAAAACAUGAAAAAGAAACAACACAACCAUUAAAAGAGGCACCUGUGAAAAAACAUGAAAAAGAAACAACACCAUCAAUAAAAGAGACACCUGAGAAAAAACAUGAAAAAGAAACAACACAACCAAUAAAAGAGACACCUGUGAAAAAACAUGAAAAAGAAACAACGCAACCAAUAAAAGAGACACCUGUGAAAAAACAUGAAAAGGAAACAACACAACCAAUAAAAGAGACACCUGUGAAAAAACAUGAAAAAGAACCAACACAACAAACAAAAGAGACACCGGUGAAAAAACAUGAAAAAGAAACAACACAUCCAAUAAAAGAUAAACUGGUGAAAAAACUUGAGACAGAACCAAAACAACUAACAAAAGAUAACUACCAGACACCUGUGAAAAAACAUGAAAAAGAAACAACACCACCAAUAAAAGAGACAUUGGUGAAAAAACAUGAGAAAGAACCAAUACAACAUACAAAAGAAAUAAUGGUGAAAAAGCAUGAGAAAGAACUAUCACAACCAUCAAAAGAGACAUUGGUGAAAAAACAUGAGAAAGAACCAAAACAUCAAACAAAAGAAACAACAGCAAAAACACAUGAGAAAGAAAUAGCACAACAAACAAAAGAGAUACCAGUGAAAAAACAGGAAAAAGAGGCAGCAGAACCAGUGAAAGAAACAAACAUUUUCCUUGUGUUCCUGUCCACCAAUACACUGGUUAAAAAACAUGAAAAAGAACCUACUCAUCAUAAAAAAGAGACUGAUGUGAAGAAACAUGAUAAGGAAAUACAACAAACUGACAAAGUGAAAGUAAAACCAACAAAAAAGAAAGAUAUACAUACAUCUGAAAAAGUCACCGCAAUAAAGCGAGAAAAGGAUGUUCAAACACCUGAAAAAAGUGUGACACCAGUAAAACCAGUCAAAUCAACAAAAAAGACAGUUUCACAAACACCUGAAAAACAAGUCAAAGUCAAAGAAGUGAAAAAGAAAGAUAUCAAAAUACCUGAUAAAGUUGUCACACUGUCAAAACAAGAAAAAGAUGUUCAGACAACUGAAAAUGUUGUCACACCAAAAAAGCAAGAAGAAACCUUAAAACAUGACAAAGCAGCACAUGACACAAAACCAGCGAAGUUAAAAACAACAACAAAGCAAGACGUUUUGAAGUCUGAUAAAGCUGCUCAUGAAACAACAGCACAAAAAGUGCCUGAGAAGAAACAUGAUACAAAGGAAAAACCUAAAGCAGCACCAAAGGUGUCUGUGAAGAGACAUCUUCAAGAGGAUAAAGCCACAGAUGUAGCUGGAAGGAAACCUAUAAAAGAGGAGACACCUAAAUCUCCAAAAGUGGCUGAGAAAAAACAUGAAAAAGAAGGGAAAGCCAAAGCAGUGUCAGAAGUGGUAAAGAAGAAACAUAUAAAAGAACAGAAGCCCAAAGAAUCUUCUGACAUCAUCCCGGAAAAGAAAGCUCCAGUCCGCUUUUUCCAGUGUGUCUUCCAUGAGGGAGGAAAUGGAUUUAACGGAUUUGGGUUCCCUUUCCUUUCCUUCACACCUGCCUAUAGCCAAGGAAAUAAUCCUGGUCAUUCAAAGAGUGACGCAAAGAAGACACGGGCACAUGGACAAUAAACAGAACCAUUUAAUAUUAUCUGAGAAUGGAAUCUGCCGUUUUGUGAUGGGGUGCUGGAUUUAAAGCAAUAAGUUCCAGCUGUGAGUCACAAGGCAGAGAUGGUCUUUCAUUUGCCAGUGCAAUGACAGAGGAGUAAUGUGUAAAAAUAUGUCAUCAUAAGGAUAGAAAUAUCUAUAUUAAGUGACAAACAGAGAGGCAGGCUGUGAAAUAAUAACAGUCAACUGGAAAAUGAAGUGAGUUUGUAGCAUACUCUUUAACUGCUUUUUCCCAUUUAGCAGGUAAAAUAUUUUUUGCCUGGGGAUACGUGCAAUAGCUUUCAAGCAUAAAACUGUUAGAAUGAUAUGUGUAUUUCGAUCCCUUAAAUAACCAAGGGACCUGUUAUCAGUGACAAUAAAUUUAGAUAAAUUGCUAUAUAAAGCUUCAUUAAAGUCAUAUUCAUGUAUAAAGGCUUGUUUAACUCUUACUGAGAUGGCUACAUUUUGCAUGCUACAAGACACAACAGGAAUUUGAUUUAAAGGGAUAUUCCAGCCAAAAUGUAUAAACCACAUGGGUGCAUUUCGGUAUUGAAUAGAAGCAAUUUUGUAAUAUAUAUGCAUUAGCAAAAAGGCUUCUAAUAAAAGCUGUAGCCGUUUCAAAAGUCUAUUUAAGUAUGCACCGUACACCAGCAUUUUAAACACAACACUUGUUUGGAGAGCCUAAGGUGAUUGUACCAUAUGGUAAUGAAUCAAUUUGUUAAUUGCUGACAUGAUACAUGCCCCACUGAUUAUCUGAGCAGCUGCAUUAUUUAAAAUGUGGGAGCAGUGAGAAUAUCUAGCUAUGCGUCACAUGCACAUGCAGAGAAAAAUGUUAACACUAAAAAAGUGAUAACUCUUAAUAGAAGCAUUUUUGCCAAUACAUGUAUAUUGAAAAUGUGUUUCUAUUCAAAAAUGCAAUCAAUCUAUGUGCAUUUAGAUUUUGACUGGAAUGUCCCUUUAAGCUUUGCCAAGCUACAACGUUGCACAGGGCCAAUUCAUUCAGUUCAUAAAGAGUGCUGUCUCCUGGUUUUUAUGGACCAGUGUGUGAAAGGCCUAUGUCCUAGGGAUGAGGUGUGUUGCAGUUGUAGCACCCGACCUGUGCAAAUCCUGUAGUGUUGAUAAAUACUUACUACAUAGUUUACUGAGUUAACAAUGUGCUAUGACCUUCAUAAGGUAAACUAUUUUAUAGUAUAAACUGACAAGUCAGCAUGUGGUACCAAUUAAAGUCAAAUUCAGUUCUGAGCUGUUUACAAAAUAGAUAGCAUAAGAAAUUACAUGAAUAUUUUAGCACAAAGGCUGAUCAUUAUUAUGCUUAAUGGCAGUUGUUUACAUAUUUAUUUUUAAACACAAUGUAGAGUAGUUUAGGCUUUUCAAGCAUGGGUGGAUUUAAUGUGUUAUAUUCAAAUAAAGAUAUUGUAAAAAUUAACAUAAAGCAAUAAUUUAUGUGCCUGUCACAACAAGAUUAGUCUUGGAAAUAUAUUAAAAUGGGGUAGUUAUAUCUCUUGUAUAGUCCCAUUUGCUAAUUUUACUUAAAUAUUUGUUGAAUUAUGUUGCUUUACGGCUUAUUGUAAAUUAACGUGAAGGCUUUUCUGACUUUUUACAAACCUUUUCACAGUAAAAACUAAGAGGUCAUUACAAAGCAAACAUAACGAUAAUUUAUUUGUAUUUUUAUUAAAUCUUCCAACCAAUCACUAA